AUGUUCUCAGAGAAGAAGGAUCCAAAUGCGAAUAGUUAUACCAUUGAUGAGGGAGGAUCACCUUCAAGACAGUCGUUCAUUUCACUUCCUCAACCAUUGGAGGUGAAGGUUGCCUCGGGCACAUCAGGGCUGAGGAUACUGGUUGCGAUUGGAAUUCUCUCUGCCGCAUUCUAUUACUACUUUGCACCAAGCACAGAGUCGACUGGCUCCUCCAGCUCAUCAUCGAGCGGAAUACUAUCAGUGCUCUCGUCAAAGCCCCACAAGCAGGUGCUGCAGCGUCCCAAGGAGACGUUUGACGAUGUGGUCGGUGCCGACGAGGCAAAGUCCGAGUUGCAGGACCUCGUCGACUUCUUGAGGAACCCAUCAAAGUACAUUGAUCGCGACAUUGUCAUCCCCAAGGGCAUCCUCUUGGUGGGUCCACCAGGCACAGGCAAGACCCUGCUGGCCAAGGCAUUGGCAGGCGAGGCCAAGACCUCGUUCCUUACAAUCAACGGAUCAGAGUUUGAGGAGAUGUUCAUUGGAGUUGGUGCCAAGCGUGUGCGCGACCUCUUUGACACUGCUCGCAAGAACGCACCAUGCAUCAUCUUUAUCGAUGAGAUCGACUCGGUUGGAGGCAGUCGUUCGAAGCGUGUCAACUACCACCCAUCAGAGGCGCUCAACCAGCUGCUCGUCGAGCUGGACGGAUUCAAUGGUCGCGAGGGUGUCGUUGUGAUUGCUGCGACCAACUAUCAAGAGACCCUUGACGCUGCCCUCAUCCGUUCAGGUCGUUUCGAUCGUUCAAUCCAAGUACAACUUCCAGACUGCAAGUCACGUCAGAAGAUCAUCGAGCUCUAUCUGAAGAACAAGAAGUUCGCAACCUCUGUAAAUACACAUACUCUUGCUCAGAGUACACCUGGAUUCUCAGGCGCAGACCUGUUCAACUUGGUGAAUUGGGCCGCAUUGGACUCGACCAAGAAUAACUUUGCAGAGAUAUCGAUGGAGUCGCUGGAGAAUGCAAAGGAGAACAUUAUAAUGGGCAAGGAGCGACACUCAUUGAUCUUGACGGACGAGGCACGCAAGCUCUGCGCCUAUCACGAGGCCGGCCAUGCGUUGGUCGCUCUCAAGACUCAGGGCGCAAAGGGUGUGCACAAGGCCACCAUCAUGCCUAGAGGUGAAGCACUGGGUAUGGUUUCGAUGCUUCAGAACGACGAUCAUUUCCAGACCAAGAGGCAGUACCUCGCUGAGAUGGACGUGGCCAUGGGUGGUCGCGCUGCUGAGGAGCUCAUCCUUGGACCAGACAACAUUUCACAGGGUGCCUCAUCAGACAUCAAGAAGGCCACCUCCAUUGCCAAGACCAUGGUUAUGAAGCUUGGCAUGUCGGACAAGGUUGGCAAGAUCUACAUUGACUCGGAGAAGAAGUUGAGCGUCCAGCAAAGAGAGCUCAUUGACUCAGAGGUCAAGUUAUUGUUGGAUCAAUCCUAUGAACGUGCUUGCGUUGUACUUAAGAAGCACUCUGAGGAGCAUCACUUGCUCGCCAAGGCAUUGCUCGAGUAUGAGACACUGAACUUGGAUGAGAUCAAGAGCAUCAUCGAGAAGAAGAAGUUGUUGAACAAGAAGAGCCAUGAAGAGCUGAAGAAGGAGCGUGAGGACAAGGACAACAAGCGCCAGGAGGAGUUCAGGAAGCAGAGAAAGGCCUUGCCUCAGGCGAUACCAAAUGCAAAGGGUGGCAUUAUUGUGAUGCCUCCAAUGAAGAAUCCAGCGCCCAGUCCAAGCAGCGCAGCGGCUGGCACAACGACCACAACACACAGCUCGCCAUCGGGCAGAAUCAACAUCACAAUCACACGACCAGGUUCCAUCUCCAAUGAGCAGGUUGGCACUGGACAGCAAGCGGCAGCCAACAACACUGGAUCAUCAGCAGCACCAACACCAUCAACUUCACAGGGAAAGAACAUCCCAGUAACCGACAACAACAACAACAACAACAACAACAGCAGCAGCACCAACACAAGUACAAACAACAAGACAGAGUCUAAAAACUAA